AUGGAAAUUACGUAAUCUCAAAGCGUCAGAGUUAGAGACUGAAAGAGUGAGCGAGACUGUCAUGUGUAUACGGGAGUGUGUGUGUGCGUGAGAGAGUGUGUGUGUGCGUCAGAGAGAAAAGAGAGAGAGAGAGAGAGAGAGAGAUAAUUUUCCACGAAGUCAGUCUCCACGCGUGGAAACGUUCUCCUCGUAACACGCGUAACAUUGAUCUACCACGACUCGUGCGAAUAAUCCUCCUACGUUUAUCUUCUCUCCUUUGACAGCUUAACCUCAAAUCUCGAGCACACGCGGCGCUAGCACACGCCUCCAAAACACCUGCGAACGCGUCAACACCCUUUUUCCCCUCUUCUACUUUCCUAUAUUUUCUUUUUAUUCUCUUUUUCUCGCUCUUUUUCUAAUUGUUUGUUGGUGCAAUAUUUAUACAGUAAUCAGUUUUAUCACGAGAUUUCGGACAUUUUCAACUCCUUACUUUCGAUAAAUCGAUCUCUCCCUCUUUCUUUCUCUCUCUCUCUAUCUCUUUCUCUCUCGUUCGUUCGAGAGGACACGUGACUUUCCUGAAGAAGUUCACGACGGUUAGGACAAGGUUAGGUGAUAGCAAUCACAUCGCCCUGAAGUUGUUGUUUAUACACCAACGUGUGUGUGGUCUCGUCAGUACGUGUGCGAAUUUCGUCGGGGACGUGCACGAUUACGCGUACGAUUAUUUUUUCUUUAUCAUUAAACGAUUUAAUUAAAUCGCAAAUUCAAGAUCAGUGUCGUUAAAGUUUCGUUAGUUUUGCAAAGUUAAUCUUGAAUUAUGUGGAUCCUUCGAAAAAAUUCGAAAAAGUGUCAAUAUGUUUUGAAAUUUUGUUGCGAAAUAUUUUGAGAAAGGAAGUGGAGAGAGGAGGAAGAAGUGGUCGGAGUCAAGGGUAGUCGGGAUACGACUUCUGAGGAGUAAAGACACAUUAGCGAAAUAUAAUAUAUUUUUCUUUAUUUUUAACAUUCUCGACAAAGAAACGAACGUACAAAGGAACGAACGAACGAACAUAAUUAAUAAUCUCGAUUUAGGUAUAUAUUAUACGUGAAUUAGUGAUUAAUUAAAUAUCAAAGUGAUAGUGUGUGUCAGCAUGGCGAUGACGUGACGAUGAUGACAAUGAUGUUGCUGAUGGAUAACCGAAGAUAUUUUCAUUCACCGACUGAUUUUUAUUAUACUUGGACAGAAAAAUGAGGAUCAACGUCGAACAGGAACAACAACAACAACAGCAGCAGCAGCAUCAUGGGUGGUUUCCUCGUGUCCUCCUGAGUUGGUGUCACGGGCACGAUUAGAAGAACGGACAGCAACAAUCGUUUCGAUAUCAUACAUUCUGGAUCCGAGAACUCGUCUACUUGCAUAAUGGUCGCCUGUUGUUUAUGACAAAUCUGGCGUUGGUUUUAAGUUUGGAAGAAGUGUCCGGAUUCGCGGACGAGGUUGUCCUGGUGUUUAGCGGCGGUGGGGGCGGAGAAGGCGGGAGGAGGGAGAGCCAAGGAAAGAGGACCGAGGUGAAAAAAGUUCGAUAUUAUCCGCUGAAAUUCGAGAAAUCUCUUGUCCAAAGUGGCUAAGAGCGUAAGUCCCCGUCGAGUGCACCAAGAGUGCUCCGGGGUGGAGGCGCAGGUGCAGGUGCAGCAAGAGAGGCGAGCACCGAGGCGCAUGCCUCACCUGGGGCCUGACAUGACAACCCGGCUGUCCGCCAUGUUUUACACGGUCGAGGUCGGGGACACCAAGUUCACCAUUCUCAAGCGAUACCAAAAUCUCAAACCAAUUGGUUCCGGUGCUCAGGGAAUCGUCUGUGCUGCAUACGACACAGUCACGGCGCAAAAUGUGGCGAUUAAGAAGUUGUCGAGACCUUUUCAAAACGUGACACACGCUAAAAGAGCCUACAGAGAGUUCAAACUCAUGAAAUUGGUCAAUCACAAAAAUAUAAUCGGUCUUUUAAACGCGUUUACGCCGCAACGGUCGUUGGACGAGUUUCAAGAUGUGUAUUUGGUGAUGGAGCUUAUGGACGCGAAUCUGUGUCAGGUGAUCCAGAUGGAUCUGGAUCACGAACGUAUGUCUUAUCUGCUUUACCAAAUGUUAUGUGGUAUCAAGCACUUGCACUCUGCUGGUAUCAUUCAUAGGGAUCUAAAACCAAGCAAUAUCGUUGUCAAGUCAGACUGCACGUUAAAAAUUCUCGACUUUGGUCUGGCGAGAACUGCCGGAACAACGUUUAUGAUGACACCAUACGUAGUUACGCGGUAUUAUCGAGCGCCAGAGGUGAUAUUAGGUAUGGGCUAUAAAGAGAACGUGGACAUAUGGUCGGUAGGAUGUAUCAUGGGUGAAAUGAUCAGAGGCGGCGUACUUUUUCCCGGUACGGAUCACAUCGAUCAAUGGAAUAAAAUAAUUGAGCAACUGGGAACUCCGGCGCAGGAAUUCAUGCAACGGUUGCAACCAACGGUGAGGAAUUACGUGGAGAACAGACCGCGAUAUCCUGGAUAUCCGUUCGACAGGCUAUUUCCGGAUGUUCUGUUUCCCUCCGACUCGUCGGAGCAUAAUAGAUUAAAGGCGAGCCAGGCUAGGGACCUAUUGUCGCGCAUGCUCGUCAUCGACCCAGAACGACGCAUAUCCGUCGACGACGCGUUGCUUCACAAUUACAUAAACGUCUGGUACGACGAGGGUGAAGUCAAUGCUCCCGCACCUGGCCCAUACGAUCACAGCGUGGACGAGAGGGACCACGGUGUCGAUCAAUGGAAAGAACUGAUCUAUCAAGAGGUCAUGGAAUACGAGACAAGCCAUAAUUCGGCAGCGGUUGCUCAGCCCUCGGAAAGUGCAGGCUCCCGGUAGAUACAGCGAAACUUCUUCUCCUCGCAGCUUUUCUUCUACACUUAGAGAAGAGAGAGAAUUGUUCAAAAAGAAAAAAAAACAAGAGGAGGAGUGUCUUGUCGUAUAAGAUAGAGAAAGAAAUAAAUAUUAGUAGGCUGCUACUGGAACUCUCUCUCUCUCUUUCUCUCUCUUUCUCUCGCUCUCUUUUUCUCUCCUCCCUCUGUUUCUCUUUCUACCGAUCCUCGAGCCAUCGUUCUCAAAAUGUUUGAUAAAUCAGACUAGCGACAAGUCUCUAAAAAAAAUAGAGAAAUUCCUCCUUCUUAAUAAAGGAACAAGAUGCAAUUUAAAAAUAAGCUACGAAUAAACUUGGAAUAAUCUGGACGAAGAGGAGGAAGACGUGGAGAGAGCAAGCAAACUGUCCAUUUUCUACUUUUUUUUUUUGUUCUCGUUGCUUUUUUCAUUCUAGGAAAACGAGCAACGUCAAAGAACA